AUGGUUGUUGCUUUGCAUUACGUCAACAAAAAUGGAAUUAUUAUUGAGAGUUUUUUGGGAAUUGUUCAUGUUAAAAGUACAACAACAAUAGCUUUGAAAGUAGUUGUUGAAGAGUUGUUUUGCAAACAUGGUCUUAGUACUUUAAGAAUUCGUGGACAAGGUUAUGAUGAUGCUAGUAACAUGAAAGGAGAAUUUGGUGGUCUAAAAAGUUUGAUCUUAAGUGAAAAUUCAUCCACAUAUUAUGUACAUUAUUUUGCUCAUCAAUUGCAACUUACAUUAGUUGCUAUUGCCAAAGAUCACCUUCAAGUUUGUGGUGUUUUUAACUUAGUGUCCACUUUAAUAAAUGUUAUUGGGGGAUCAUGCAAAUGA